AUCAAACGGGAGUAUUCACAAGACCAUCGUCAACACGAAAUUUCGGAGUGGCUUCUUGGUGUGACGACAUAUUUUUGUGUAUUUAUUAAAACAAAUCACGAUUCAUAUAUAGGUAUAUUCCAUUGUGCCUUGACGUUUAAUUUAUUUAUUUGAAUUGUUAUAAUGCAAUUUACUAAUUGCCUAAAUGAAAGGCAAAAGAAAUAAGGAGUGCGAAGUAAAAUAAAUCGGCGUAUACCAGCGCGAGUGCUGCUACUUGGCCAUAAUGUUGGUGAUAUAUUUGUGCGUGUCAAACACUUGAAUAUAUGAUUUUUCAAUGGCUGCUUUUUAAAUACAAAUAUAAAGCAAAAUAAAAUCUAUUCAUUGAAGGAUCGAAGUUCCAAAUACCUACAUACCUUUAUCAAUUUAUAAUUCGAAGAAUACUAUUAUCUAUCACAGGAAAUACGCAAAGCAAUGAACAUGAAAUGUUGCCUAUUCGCUAUUCUGUACUGCAUAUUAACGCAAUGGAUGAUCUUAAAAGUGUAUGCACAAUCGCCAGGUGAAACUAGUCCACGCAUUGUGCUUCAGAUCGGAGACAGUGCAAACAUUACAUGCCGCAUGAAUUUGAAAAUGUUUGAUGGUGAGAAUAGUUCAUCAUUGUAUUUUACGACAGAUGAUUCAAAUCAUCAGGCUGUGCACACAAAUGUUAAGAUCAUUAAUGAAACUACGAUUGCGUAUACCCUUAAAAAUGCGACUGAGCAGUACACAAUUUACACGUGUAAAAGUGGUCAAUAUGCAAUUGCCACUACGGACGUCAUUGUGGGUACUAAACCCACUAAGGUAGAGGACUUCAGUUGUCAAGCAUUUGAUUACACUUAUAUGAUUUGUUCAUUCACGAUACCCAAAAAUACAGUUCCAACUACGUAUAAUUUAAAAUAUGUAGCAGAAAAUGCGGCGAGAACGGCUGAUAAUCGCACAAUAUAUUCACAGAAUUAUAUACUUAAUUGCAUAAAGUUGGUGAGAGAAGGCGAUAGGGCUACAUGUAAUUUUACAUUGGAAGAUGGCAGCUACAAACGCGAUUUUGAGUUUUACAACUUUCGUUUGACCAGCAAUAAUUCUUUGGGCUCACUCAAUCAGAGUUUUACUAUAAAUCAUAAAGAAAUUGUUAAACCCGCCAUUACCAACUAUCAAGUCAGUGAAAUCACAACGAACAGUUGCGCACUAAAAUGGGAAAUGUUACAUUAUUAUCCGUAUAAAAGAAACGGUUUGCAAAUGGAAGUGCAUAUACAAUCACCACAUUAUGAAAAUUUAAAAGUACAUAUAUGCAAAAAAUGCAAUAAUCAUGCAGUCUUUAAUCUGUAUAUCGAUGAUUUACCCUACGCCUACUAUGAAUAUAAUGUAAGUUUACGUAUUAAAAUGAGAAGGGGAAAGGCAACUUGGAGUGAUCCCUACACGAUUGCCUUUCGCACACUACCCAAAGCGCCUGAGGUGCCGCCCACAGUUGAUAUGAGCAGUUUUUACUUGAAUGGUACGCAUCUGCGCUUAUUUUGGCAUCCAGUGGCAGAGUAUCAUCGAAAUGGUUCCAAUUUUCAUUAUAUUGUUAAGCAUAUGCAGCAGAAUGGUGUAGCGAUAAAUCGUUCUGCUAUACAUACAGAAGUGUCUACUGCAGCUUUCUCCUGUGAUGGUACAUACAGUUGUGAGUUCAGCAUCUGGAGCAGUAAUGAAAUGGGUGUCUCUUUACUUAAUAGCCGUGUUUAUGUGCCAGCAUUGCCGAAAAAUUAUGAUAGUCAUACACCACUUGGCAUACGAAAUGUCUAUCACGCCUUGGAUCGCAAUUAUACACUGUUCUGGAAUGCGCCACAGGAUGCGAAGUAUCUGGAAAAUUAUACGGUGUUUUGGUGUCAACCUAAAAGCGUCGCAUCCAAUGAAUGUUACAACAUUAUCGACUUUACGCAUCUAGAUAAGAAUGCGCGCAAUUUUACAAUACAACAAAAUCAAUCGGUAGUACUUGCUGUAGCCGCCAACUAUCCUAACUUUUACACUGGUAUGCAUUGGGCAAAAUGUACAGCAGAUGUAUCAAAUGAUUUGGAGAAACUAGAACCGGAAAUCGUCGAUAAGAAGGCUUACUCUAUGACUGUACGCUGGAGUUCGGAACGUGUUUGUGCUUCGCUUAUCAAAGGUUAUAAAAUCGAAUAUUGCCGAACGAAAUUCACAACGAAUCUAAAGUGUAUAGAUAAAAUUGUUCACCUUAAUGUCGAUAAAAGAGAUAACAAAUAUGAGAUUACUAACUUAGAGCCAAAUAGUGUAUAUAAAAUGCAAAUGUUUAUGUAUUCUGAUGAAAAGAAGGGUCCGCUAAGUGAUGUACUAGUAAUGUCAACGCAAGAGGCGGCUUCCGCACCGCCACGAAAUCUUACCUACGCCGAGGUAACAAGCCAGUCAGUGUCACUGGCAUGGCUGGCGCCGGAGAAGGCGAAUGGUAAAAUACGAUAUUAUAUCAUAACCUAUAACCGUGAAAAUAAUAUUCUAAAGUGCAAUAAUACCAUUGGUCCGAAUUGUUUUAAUUUGAGUCACAGUGAACACCAUUUUAAUAUUGAGCAUUUAUCCUAUACCUUGACGAAUUUGAGCAGCUUUACUAGAUAUAUAAUUUGCAUAAAAGCCUAUACAGUUGCAGAGUCAUUACCCAGUAAUUGUGUGAAUGUCAAAACGUUCGUGGGAGUGCCCACAAGCCCCACACAAGUAAAGGUGGAUGAUGCGGAUGACAUUGCCAUACGUUGGCGAAAACCUGAGGUGCCUUCGGGACGCGUUGAUUACUAUGAAGUAAUUGUAGAAACUAAAUUACAAGACACUAUACAAAGUCGAUAUAUUUCGCGCAUAGCAAAUGGCAUGCAAUGCACGAUUAGAAAGCCAAAUUGCGAUAAUACGAAUAUUAAGUAUACGAUAAGUGUACGUAGUGUUAAUAUUGCAUAUGCAAAUGAAACAGAUGAAAAACUCUUUCAUCACUACAAUAAUAGUCAACGCUAUGAUAAUUACAUUAAUGGCGAAAAUGAGGAUUUGGGUUGUAUGGAAGCAGCGACACCUCAACUAUAUAAAGAUGCAAUGAACGGAGCAAACAAACAGAGUAUAGAAUAUCGCUCCGUUGAAGUGAAUGUAUUCAAUUCUAUAUGUAUUGCAAUGGUUAAAGCUGAUGGCAAAUUAUGGUUGAUAAUUUUUUGUAUUAUCAUGGGCACUGCAGGGCUAGUUAUUGGCGGUCUCUUCAUCUAUAGGCGUUGCCACCAAAUGGCAUCUAUCAAUUGCAAAAUACCCGACACGUUCGAAGAUUUAGUUAAGAGAAAUGAUGAUAAAAUACUAAGAACGCUUGAACAUACAGCGGCCGAGCAUAGCGACGAAACAAAACAAAAAAAUUCCAGCGAAUACGGUCGUUUGCUGCCAAGUAUUUCGAAUGAUACUGAAUAUUCAUAUGACGGUAGUGAUCGUUCUUGGACUAUUGGUUCGAAAAGUACUUAUUGCCCAAGCAUCGAUAGUCCGACAGAUUAUUGUGUACAGGACCCAAUGACCAUAGCAAAUACACAAUUUCUACACACCGUACCUGAAACGGGCUAUGUGAUUAUGAACACACCCACAGCUGAUUUGUCAGCGCAACCGAAAGAGUCGACGAAUGUGGCGAGCGUAUUUAAUCCAACUAUAAUGAGUAAUGGUUAUGUACGUCCUAAUGACUUGCCACAGAAUAUGGUCGAAAAACCGUUCACCAUUAAAUGUCCGUUUGGCGCAACUGACGGUUAUGUACAACCAAAUAGUUGUCAAACAUGAAUGGUGAAAGGCUACAUAUGUCACGUUUAAGGGAACAGCAAAGUAUAAACAGAAAUGUUCCAAUCUGUGUGCAAUUAAGAUUUCCAUAGUGAGUCUGUGCUUUUGGAUAAUACGACUACUCUUCUGCUUUGAGGGUUUCCUACACAAAAGUGUCCUUUAAUGUAAAGUAAGAGCAUGAAAAGGCAAUUAAUUUGUUUGUUGGCCAAGGGAAAAAAGCUUAAAAUGUAAACUAAAGUAUCAAGUACACCAAAAAAAAAAAAAGUACAUAUAUAUAUAUACAUAAAUAUAAUAUAAUAAUAAUCACAACGGUUGGCCAAAACAGUCACAAUUUACUACAACUAAAUCACAUCGGUAUUAGUAAAUAUUUAUUAUAGCUUUAAUUAACAGAGAAAAAACGUGUAUGAAAAUAAUCAAUAUUAUGUUUAUUAGCAGUUUCUACCUCGAUAGACGUAUUCGAAAACACAAAUUCACUGUGCGAAUACGAAGUGUAGCUACGAAAUAUAUGUCUCUGAAUACAUAUACAAACAUAAAGUCUGUCAAGUGCCUUUAUUAAGCAAAGCCUUAUAUUACGAUUAGUUUAAAUUAAUUAAAGUUAAUUUAUACUUAUGCCCUUACGCUAUUCAGUUUUAACUAGAUUUUACUAA